AUGACGAUUGCACCAUUGCAUCCAAAGGUGUUUCAAGCAUGCACGGAAGCUACAAGUGUUAAAAAGGAUGACGUUCAGUACGGACCCCCAAUGAGCUUGACGAUUGCAGUUGCUGCUGUAGUCAUAAUUGCCACGUUCGCAUCUACACUAUAUACCGCUCGCAACGAAAAACGAGAAAAUGAGCGGCGACUGAAAGUUCGCGCUAUUGAGGAACGAUCGAAGCAAGCGGGGCCAACCUCGCAAAUGAGUGAAGUCAACAUCGGACCAGAAAAGACGGGGUACAGCACGAAUUUCGUCUAA